CCAAGUUGGAGUCUGGCGGGCAGUGUGGCCCGCAGAGACUCGCCGAGUGGGGGGCAGAUCCUGGGAAGAGUGAACAUGUCUCGGGACCCGACAGCCAGGUGGCUGGCACCGCCAUCGCUGCUAUCGCUGCUGCUGUUGCUGCUGUCGAGAGUCGAGGCUCUGCGUCCUGACGAGCUCUUUCCUUACGGGGAGUCGUGGGGAGACCAGCUGCUGCCCGAGGGCGACGACGAAAGCUCAGCAGCUGUGAGGCUGGCAGUACCCCUGCGCUUCUACGAUGCCCAGUUCAGCAAUCUCUACGUGGGCACCAACGGCAUCAUCUCCACCCAGGACUUCCCCAGGGAGACUCAAUAUGUAGAUGAUGAUUUUCCUACGGACUUCCCAGCCAUCGCCCCGUUCCUGGCUGACAUCGACACUAGUCACAGCAGGGGCCGGAUCCUGUACCGCGAGGACACCUCCCAGGCUGUGCUGAGUCUGGCCGCCCGCUACGUGCGCACAGGGUUCCCGCUGUCCGGGUCCAGCUUCACCCCCACCCACGCCUUCCUGGCCACCUGGGAGCACGUGGGCGCCUACGAGGAGGUCAGGCGCGGGGCUGCGCCAUCGGGAGAGCUGAACACUUUCCAGGCUGUUCUGGCAUCUGAUGAAUCUGAUACCUACGCCCUCUUUCUCUAUCCUGCCAAUGGCCUUCAGUUCUUUGGAACCCGCCCCAAAGAGUCCUACAAUGUCCAGCUGCAGCUUCCCGCUAGGGUGGGCUUCUGCCGAGGGGAAGCGGAUGACCUGAAGAGAGACGCACUGUAUUUCAGCCUGACUAACACUGAGCAGUCUGUGAAGAAUCUCUACCAACUAAGCAACCUGGGGAUUCCUGGAGCGUGGGCUUUUCACAUUGGCAGCAGGUUCGCCCUGGACAAUGUCAGACCAGCCACAAUUGGAAGCGACCUUUCCACAGCUCGCUCCUCAGCGCCGGAGCACUCCUUCAACCAUGCUGCAGCCCUGGAGAGCUAUACUGAGGACCGUUUCGAUUAUUACGAUGAGAAUGAAGAGGACGUUGAAUAUCCACCAAUUGAACCAGAGGAGGCCCUGGAAGGUCACAGCAGAAUUGAUGUGUCUUUCAAUUCAAAGGCUGAUCCAGGCCUUGUGGAUGGAGGCACAUCAUCUCCAGGUUCCGAUCAUGCUUCUCCUUUGCCACACCCAGCACCUGGUAACUGGCCAUCCUACCGGGAAACAGAAUCAGCUUCCUUGGACCCUCAAACCAAACAGGGGCCACCUAUGGGAGAGGUAGAGGUCCUGGAUUCCAAGGACCCAGCAGAGUUUUUGGAUCAGAUGGGUACCAGAACCCCAGCCCCUCCAGAGGCGGAGGCAGCUUUCCUGACUCCAGUCAAGGAAGACCUUGGGAGCAGAAACACCCAGUCCUAUCCGGAGGCAGGGCCAGUGCCUUCAGUGCCAAAUGUUCCUGUCCCUCCUCUGGAAGGAGAAGUCCUUCCUAAUUACCCCGUGUCUGGUCACGUGCCACCCCUGAGUGGAGGGAGGUAUGUGGUAGGACUGGAGGACCACGUUGGUUCUAAUGAUCAAGUCUUCACGUACAAUGGCGCCAACCGGGAAACUUGCGAACACAGCCACGGCCAGUGCUCCCGGCAUGCCUUCUGCACCGACUACACCACUGGCUAUUGCUGCCACUGCCAGUCUAGGUUUUAUGGAAACGGGAAGCACUGCCUGCCAGAAGGGGCACCUCACCGAGUGAAUGGGAAAGUGAGUGGCCACCUCCGAGUGGGUCACACUCCUGUGCACUUCACUGACGUGGAUCUACACGCUUACAUCGUGGGCAAUGAUGGCAGAGCCUACACUGCCAUCAGUCAUAUCCCACAGCCGGCAGCCCAGGCCCUGCUCCCUGUCCUGCCCAUCGGAGGCCUGUUUGGCUGGCUCUUUGCUUUGGAGAAGCCAGGCUCUGAGAAUGGCUUCAGCCUCACAGGUGCUACCUUUGUCCAUGAUGUGGAAGUGACUUUUUACCCUGGAGACGAGAGGGUUCGUAUCACUCAAACUGCCGAGGGGCUUGACCCAGAGAACUAUCUAAGCAUUAAGACCAACAUUGAAGGCCAGGUGCCCUUCAUCCCUGCGAAUUUCACAGCCCACAUUCCUCCGUACAAAGAGUUUUAUCAUCACAGGGACUCAGUCGUGACGUCCUCCAGUUCCAGAAGUUUCUCUCUCACUUCUGGUUCUAUCAACCAAACAUGGUCCUAUCACAUCGACCAGAACAUCACUUACAAGGCGUGCAGGCACGCCCCCAGACACCUGGCCAUCCCUGCCACCCAGCAGCUGACUGUGGAUCGGGCCUUUGCUUUGUACAGUGAAGAUGAGGGUGUGCUGAGGUUUGCUGUGACCAAUCAGAUUGGCCCUGUUGAAGUGGACUCAGCCCCUGCUGCAGUGAAUCCUUGCUAUGACGGAAGCCACACCUGUGACACAACAGCAAGGUGCCACCCGGGGACAGGUGUAGACUACACCUGCGAGUGCACGCCUGGGUUCCAGGGUGAUGGCCGGAGCUGUGUGGAUGUUAAUGAAUGUGCCACUGGCUUCCACCGCUGUGGCCCCAAUUCUGUGUGUGUCAACUUGGUGGGAAGCUACCGGUGUGAAUGCCGUAGUGGCUAUGAAUUUGCAGAUGACCAGCACACUUGUAUCUUGAUUGCCCCACCUCCCAACCCUUGCCUUGAUGGCAGUCACACCUGUGCCCCUGAGGGGCAGGCCCGGUGCAUUCACCAUGGAGGCAGCUCAUUCAGCUGUGCCUGCCUACCAGGCUUUGUUGGCACUGGGCAUCAGUGUUCUGAUGUUGAUGAAUGUGCGGAAAACAGAUGUCAUGAGGCAGCUAUCUGCUACAACACUCCCGGGUCCUUCUCCUGCCGUUGCCAGCCUGGGUAUCAUGGGGAUGGGUUUCACUGCACCUCUGACACGGUUCCUGGAGAUUCCAUCUCAGGACUGAAGCCCUGUGAAUACCAGCAGCGCUAUGCCCAGGCACAGCAUGCCUACCCUGGGUCACGGAUCCACAUCCCCCAGUGUGAUGACCAGGGAAACUUCGUGCCACUGCAGUGCCAUGGGAGCACUGGCUUCUGCUGGUGUGUGGACCGAAAUGGCCAUGAAGUCCCUGGCACCCAGACUCCACCUGGCUCCACCCCACCCCAUUGUGGACCACCUCCAGAGCCCACCCAGAGGCCUCGGACUGUCUGUGAGCGCUGGAGGGAAAGCCUGCUGGAACACUACGGGGGCACACCCAGGGACGACCAGUAUGUGCCCCAGUGUGACGACCUGGGACACUUCAUCCCCCUGCAGUGCCAUGGGAAGAGCGAUUUCUGUUGGUGUGUGGACAAGGAUGGCAGAGAGCUACAGGGCACGCGCUCGCAGCCAGGCACCAUGCCUGCAUGCCUACCCACUGUCGCUCCACCUGUGGUCCGCCCCACACCCCGGCCUGAUGUGACUCCUCCGUCUGUGGGCACCUUCCUGCUCUAUGCCCAGGGCCAGCAGAUUGGCCACUUGCCCCUCAAUGGCAGCAGGCUUCAGAAGGAUGCAGCCAGGACCCUGCUGUCACUGCAUGGCUCCAUAGUUGUGGGGAUUGACUAUGAUUGCCGGGAGAGAAUGGUCUACUGGACAGACGUUGCAGGUCGGACCAUCAGCCGUGCCAGCUUGGAGGCAGGAGCCGAACCCGAGACCAUCAUUACCUCAGGUUUGAUAAGCCCCGAAGGACUUGCCAUUGACCACUACCGUAGAACAAUGUACUGGACAGAUAGUGGCCUGGAUAAGAUAGAGCGGGCCGGACUGGAUGGUUCCGAGCGUAAGGUCCUCUUCCACACAGAUCUGGUGAAUCCACGAGCCAUCACUGUGGAUCCAAUCCGAGGCAACUUGUACUGGACAGACUGGAAUCGAGAAGCUCCUAAAAUUGAAACAUCAUCUUUAGAUGGCGAAAACAGAAGAAUUCUGAUCAACAAAGAUAUUGGAUUACCCAAUGGAUUAACCUUUGACCCCUUCUCCAAACUGCUCUGCUGGGCAGAUGCAGGAACCAAAAAACUGGAGUGUACACUACCUGAUGGAACUGGGCGGCGUGUCAUCCAAAACCAUCUCAGUUACCCCUUCAGCAUCAUCAGCUAUGCAGACCACUUCUACCACACGGACUGGCGGAGGGAUGGUGUUAUAUCAGUGAAUAAAGACAGUGGCCAGAUUACUGAUGAAUAUCUCCCGGAGCAACGGUCUCACCUCUAUGGGAUCACUGCAGUCUACCCCUACUGUCCAACAGGAAGAAAAUGAACAUUAAGUAUUAAAUGUAUAGGAGGAUUUCAAGUUUACAAGAAUCUUGACCUAAGAACAUUUGCUACGAAGGCAAAGACAGUGAAAAGAAUUGGCCAUCAUGAGUUCUUGGCACACAAAAUGAGCAUUUUCAGUGCAGCGAGACUCAAGUAUAUUUUGUGAAAUGUAUACCUCAAUCUUUACUACUGUAUUUUUAAAAACAAAGGUUAUCACAAGUUUAAAAUAGAAUUUUAAUCAUUGCUUAUUAAAUCAACUUUUGUAAACAGUUAUUUAAAAGGCCAAAUUCACUCAACAAAGAACCAACUAGAGCAAAGACACUAAAUCUGAUUUUUAUCUGCCAUGGAGUCUACCUGGCCAAGAAAAGUGAAGAGAACAAAUGGUUCCUACAGCCCGCUGAGACCCCUGUGACAGACAGACCACGGGGUUGACCCAGCCUAUUUAUACUGCUCGGUGAAGUCCUCAGACUUUAUUUAUACUAAAGGUGCUAGAAAGAUUCCCCAAAGUGCCUCUACAGAAGCAUCCCUCAAAAGUAUUCUGUGUUAAACACCAAAGAUGCAGCAGUUCUUAAAUUUUCUAUAUAACUCCAAUAAAAUAUUUUAAAGCUUUC